AUGGGUAUCAUCAACCAACCGCAGUCAAAAGGCCAAGAGUCAAACCCGGGUGACUUUGCUGCCGUUCAGAAAUCAAUCAUUGAACUUCUUAACCAGCCCGACUAUGACGAUGGAAGUGCCGGCCCCGUUCUCGUGCGUCUAGCUUGGCACUCAUCAGGCACAUACGACAAAGUGACUGACACAGGCGGUUCCAACGGCGCCGGCAUGCGAUACGAAGCUGAAGGUGGAGAUCCCGCCAAUGCCGGCCUGCAGAAUGCUCGUGUUUUUCUUGAGCCUGUCAAACGUCUUCAUCCGUGGAUAACAUACUCUGACCUCUGGACACUCGCUGGCGUGACGGCGAUCCAUGCCAUGGGUGGGCCUGAAAUUGACUGGCUGCCGGGACGAACCGACUUUGUCGACGACAGUAAGCUUCCACCUCGAGGUCGUCUCCCUGAUGCGGCGCAAGGAGCAGAACAUAUUCGCCACGUUUUCUAUCGCAUGGGAUUCAACGAUCGUGAGAUCGUAGCUCUUAGCGGUGCGCAUAAUCUUGGCCGUUGCCACACUGCAAACUCUGGCUUUGAGGGCAAAUGGGUCAACAACCCUACCCGAUUCUCCAACCAGUACUUCCGUCUCCUACUAUCAGAAACCUGGACAGAAAAGACAGUCCCCGAGUCCGGCGUACUCCAAUUCUCCUCCGUUGAUGAAGAUACAGAGGAAGAGUUGAUGAUGCUCCCCACUGAUAUCGCCCUCACGACGGAUCCCGAGUUCUCCAAGUACGUGGACAUUUACUCAAAAGACAAGGAUGUGUUUUUCGAAGAUUUUAAGAAGGCUUUUGCGAAGUUGUUGGAGCUUGGCAUAGCGAGAGAUUCGGAGGGAAAUGUUAUCAACACUGAUAACCAGAAGGGAGGUUAUAGGAGUGCACCAAAGAAGAGUGAUUCGGCACCUACUGCCUCAGGUCAAUCAGACGUGGCCAAGACAGGCGGAUGUCCCGUGAUGCACCACCGAGCAAAGCUAUGA